AUGACCCCUGCCCAAACUGAUACCACACGUCCAGACCCUGUACCUAGCAAGAGCAUCCUUCUGCUCAAGGAGAAACUAAGCACAGGUCUGGGAACUUCAGCCUGCGCCGCCGCUGUCUCUCCCCCAGUGAUGGUCUCCCCAGCCAUUGCGCUGGCGUUCAUUCCUUUCGUGUUCACCCUCAUCCUCCGCUACCGCCACUACUUCCUCCUCUUCUACCGGGCAGUGCUGGUCCGGCGGCUGCAGGACUACCUGACUGGUAUCCCCAAGGCGGAGAGGGCCUUCCAGUACGUCCUGACCCACGCCAUCCCCGGAGACCCCCUGCACAUCCUGGAGACCUUCGAUCAGUGGAGUUACCACUGCGAGUACCUCAGUAAUUUGGGACCCCAGAAAG